AUGUUGAAUUUACAUAACGGCACUGUGAUGACCAAUAAUCGAAAACUACAAACUUUGCUUGAAACGAAAUUAUCAACAGAUGACAAAGUUCCGAAAACAGGACGAAUUUUAAGAAAUAAAAUAUUUGUUAUUGGUUUUCCACCGAAUUGUACUGAGAUUGAUCUAGAAAAUUUUUUUUUAAAUUUUGGCAUAGUACGUGAAACUCGAAUUGUCAAGGAUGAAAAUGGUGUAACCAAAGGGUAUGCAUUCAUUACCUUUGCCAAAGAACGUUCUGUAGUGCAUGCACUUGAGUAUCGAGGACCACUGUAUUUUAUGGAUAGAAAAUUAUCAAUUAAUCCAGCCAUAAAAAAACAACAUCAAUAUCUUCAAACACAACGGUGUUUAUCGUCAACAUCAAUAAGUAUUGAUUCUCCUUCACACAUGUCAAGCUCAUCGAAUCAUAAAACUGAUCUUAACGCGUUGACGAAUGAUAAUAUGUUUCCAAUUUCGAUGCCAAUCGUAUCUCAGCUAAAUCCACCAUCCUUACAUCAUUAUUAUAAUGCAGUAUCACAACCAUAUUUUCACAUGAAUUUGCCAUCUCAUUCUAUUUAUUGUGUGUCUGGGCCUGUUCCUAUUUGGCAUAAUUACUAUUCGGCGACAUCUAGUUAUCCAUCAUGUACUUAUUUGCCAAUGGCGAAUAACAGUGGUGACCUUCCAAUGUUAUCUCAAGUAAAUGCUGAUGUUUAUCAUAAUGCAAUGAUGCAGUAUGCACAUAUUCCUGGAAAUAAUAAAGUAUUUCAAUAA